CGCAGGAAAACAGGAAAAGCUGUUGAUUGUUCACGGAAGCAAAUUUAUCUCUUCACUGCUGAUUACACGAAAUUUAUGUUAAUGUGCUGUGCUAUUCGUCUUAAAAUCUUAACUUAGACAAAUCUAAAACUAAGAAUCUCAACAAAUUUUGUUUGUGAACAUAAAAGGCUAACUUAACUAAAACGUCAAAAUGACUGUCAUGGAAUUUUUUGGCUGCACCUUCAUUUCCUUUGGACCAGCUUUUGCCAUGUUCUUGUUUACCAUUGCUAGAGAUCCAUUACGUGUCAUUGUUCUGAUUGCCAGUGGAUUCUUCUGGCUGCUGUCACUUCUGUUGUCUUCAAUAUUAUGGUAUGCAGUUGUACCUCUUAGAGAAGAACUUGCUUUUGGCUUGGUUUUCUCUGUCGUUUUUCAAGAAGUCUUCAGGUUCCUUUUUUACAAACUCCUAAGGAAGGCAGAUGAUGGCUUGCAGAAAGUCAGUCAGGUCAGCGAAAGUGAAAAUGUGAUGCCUCGUGACAUAUCUAACAAGCAUAUAAUGGCUUAUGUAUCUGGUCUUGGUUUUGGGAUUUUGAGUGGUGCAUUUUCAAUUGUGAAUGUCCUGGCUGACAUGGCUGGUCCUGGUACAAUUGGAAUUUAUCAACAUUCACAGUAUUUCUUUCUGGCAUCAGCUUUCCUUACGAUGUGCUUUAUUCUGCUGCACACAUUCUGGGGUGUGAUUUUCUUCAAUGGGCUGGACAAGGGAAGCUACUGGAUGGUGGCAUACGUGUUUGGUACCCACAUGUUGGUUUCCUGCCUGUCAUUAUUGAAUCAAGGAACAACGUCGGAGACUUCAUAUCUUGCAUCACUUAUUCCAGCGUACAUUGUCAUGCUUAUUACUGCUGUCAUCAGUUUCUUUGUUGCGGGUGGAUCUCUCUACAACAUACGAGCAGCUUUUAUUUGCCGCAAAGGCCGUUAUGAGAUUGAUUGAUAACAGAAAAAUUGGCCUGAAACCAUCAGCUGUAUACAAUACUUGAAAAGUAGGUUGCUGGUAUUUUCUGCAGAAGGAAGAAUCCGACUUGAUACAGGUUCAUGAUAGCAGAAUGGCUUGAAAAUUCUCAAGUGAAUGAUAAUUACAUUGUUAAAAUUCUGAGCCUUUCAAUGUAAAGACCAUGAUGGUGACAUUUUGUGAAUGAUUUUCUAAAAUCUGUUUGGAAAGUAAAAAACAAAAGUGUGUUCAAUCAGAACAACAAAGUAAUCAUUCCAAUUUUUUAAAAACUAAAUAUUUUAUUCACCAAAUUUUAUCCUUAUGGCCUUCAUCGGAUUGUCUCCUCUCAUGCAAGAACAUAAUAAAGCAGAAGGUGAACAAAGUUAACAUUUGAAAAAUGAACAUGCAUCAUUUUGUGAUCUCAGAGCAUUACAUUUCUUUUCCAGUUGCUGGAAAGGUAUUAAACAUAGAGUUUGGUAUGUUCUAGUAAGUAUGUAUAAAGGCUUUUUAUGUCAUAAACCUGGUAAUAAAACUAGGCAAAAGCAGUAUUUAUUUGCUUUUUGUCAUCUGUUUCUGAGCUUAAUUCUGAGCUUCUAAACAGUGAACACUGCUAGUUAUAAUUUUUUAAUUUUAUUGUUUCAUUUGAGACUGAUUGAUAAGGAUGUAUAAAUUCUUCCUUCCUUUGAACCAAAGCUAGACACAAGGGCGUUGAGUUUUGUACAAUAUUUGGGAUGGAGUGUUUGUUUCCUUGAUGGAACAAAUCAUCAGUUUGUAUGGAGUCUGAUUUGUUGGCUCUUGUGUUAUAAUUGAAGUGAAAUGAUGAUGAUGUAUGCUUAUGUGUAUAUGUGGAUCAUUAUGUCUGUGACUUUGUGCAUGCAGAAACUGCUUAUUCAUGUCCAUGUUGUUUUAUUAUUAAAUACAUGUGAUAACAAACAACAGAAA